AUGGUAACACCUAUGCAUCCCUCCUCAAACCUUGAUAAAGAUGAACAAGGACUAUCCGUAUCAGAAAAGGAAUAUCGAGGUAUGAUUGGUUCAUUAUUAUAUUUAACUGCCAGUAGGCCUGACAUUGUCUUUUCAAUAGGUCUAUGUGCAUGUUUUCAAUCUGACCCUAAGGAAUCACAUUUGACUGCUGUCAAACGCAUUUUUCGAUAUCUCGUUGGUACCACUGACAUUGGUCUAUGGUAUGAAAAAGGAAAUCACAUCAACUUAAUAGCUUACUGUGAUGCUGAUUAUGCUGGAGACAAAAUAGAAAGAAAAAGUACAAGUGGAGCCUGUCAAUUUCUAGGACAAGCUCUUAUUACAUGGUCUUGCAGAAAGCAAAAUACAAUUGCUUUAUCAACAACUGAAGCAGAAUACGUGUCUGCUGCAAAUUGCUGCUCACAAAUUUUAUGGAUAAAAAAUCAACUGGAAGACUAG